ACAACUCUGCGGCCACAUCCCAUCGGAGCCAACAAAUAAAUACGAUGACGAGAGCUUGUCAGAAAUCAUUCUACAGAUAGCAGCGUUAUCGAGACCUCCCGUGAAAAACAAGGAACACAAUCUGCAACAGGUAAGCCCAUGUCUAAAAUGUAAAGGGACUGCAGUUCAAGGCAACCGAAACAAUAGGGCACAGUUCAGCGAAAUCUCUUUAGUUCAAAAUUGAAUUUCUAGAAUGUUUUCGGUUUUAAAAACCGAUUCAAUAAUUUAACUAAAUGGCAUGGCGCAUAAGUCAAUAAUUAAAAGUAUAAAAGCCAACAGAAGAAAGUUGAGCACAAGAGAGAUAGAGCACAAGAGAGAUAGAGCACAAGAGAGAUAGAGCACAAGAGAGAUAGAGCACAAGAGAGAUAGAGCACAAGAGAGAUAGAGCACAAGAGAGAUAGAGCACAAGAGAGAUAGAGCACAAGAGAGAUAGAGCACAAGAGAGAUAGAGCACAAGAGAGAUAGAGCACAAGAGAGAUAGAGCACAAGAGAGAUAGAGCACAAGAGAGAUAGAGCACAAGAGAGAUAGAGCACAAGAGAGAUAGAGCACAAGAGAGAUAGAGCACAAGAGAGAUAGAGCACAAGAGAGAUAGAGCACAAGAGAGAUAGAGCACAAGAGAGAUAGAGCACAAGAGAGAUAGAGCACAAGAGAGAUAGAGCACAAGAGAGAUAGAGCACAAGAGAGAUAGAGCACAAGAGAGAUAGAGCACAAGAGAGAUAGAGCACAAGAGAGAUAGAGCACAAGAGAGAUAGAGCACAAGAGAGAUAGAGCACAAGAGAGAUAGAGCACAAGAGAGAUAGAGCACAAGAGAGAUAGAGCACAAGAGAGAUAGAGCACAAGAGAGAUAGAGCACAAGAGAGAUAGAGCACAAGAGAGAUAGAGCACAAGAGAGAUAGAGCACAAGAGAGAUAGAGCACAAGAGAGAUAGAGCACAAGAGAGAUAGAGCACAAGAGAGAUAGAGCACAAGAGAGAUAGAGCACAAGAGAGAUAGAGCACAAGAGAGAUAGAGCACAAGAGAGAUAGAGCACAAGAGAGAUAGAGCACAAGAGAGAUAGAGCACAAGAGAGAUAGAGCACAAGAGAGAUAGAGCACAAGAGAGAUAGAGCACAAGAGAGAUAGAGCACAAGAGAGAUAGAGCACAAGAGAGAUAGAACAUACGAGAGUAGAAAAUAAGAAAAGUAGUCGUGAGAACAUAUGAAAGUAGAAAAAUAUCAAAGUAGAACAUUAGAGAGUAGAACAUAAGAAAGUUGAAAAUAAGAAAGUUGAAAAUAAGAAAGUGGAAAAUAAGAAAGUUGAAAAUAAGAAAGUUGAAAAUAAGAAAGUUGAAAAUAAGAAAGUUGAAAAUAAGAAAGUUAAAAAUAAGAAAGUUGAAAAUAAGAAAGUUGAAGAUAAGAAAGUUGAAAAUAAGAAAGUUGAACAUACGAAUGAAAACCCCAAAAUGUUUUCUGAUGUGUACACAAUUCGUUAGCACUGAGUUUAAGCGGGGUGCAAUGAUAUGACGCAAUGUAUGACGGCAAAAAACAAUCCCAUAUAUUAUAUCAUAUCUAUGUAUAUAUAUAUAUAUAUAUAUAUAUAUAUAUAUAUAUAUAUUUGGGUCUGUUUCAAUUAGCCCUUCCCCGCUCACGGGAAUCGAGUUUAGGAACACACACAUUAAUUUGGAACAAGAGCAAACAGAAAAAUGUUGGCAAGAUAUCUGUGUUAUAAAAAUAUAUAUAUAUAUAUAUAUAUAUAUAUAUAUAUAUAUAUAUAUAUAUAUAUAUAUAUAUAUUUGGGUCUGUUUCAAUUAGCCCUUCCCAGCUUACGGGAAUCGAGUUUAGGAACACAAACAUUAAUUUGGAACAAGACCAAACUGAAAAAUGUUGGCAAGCUAUCUGUGUUAUCAAAACUAAGACGUACCCCAUACUCUGUAUGCUCCUGAUUUCCUUUAAAAAACAGUUUUAUGUUAAAAUGCAUUAAGAAACAUAAUUUUCAAAAGAAGUUUAAAUUGUCCACCCCUGUGCAGCCAUGAAGACUUUGGACCUGUUGGCCGUUCUGGCAUUAGUUGCAGUAACUUCACGAGCUGAGGUUUUGUCCGUGAUGAGUGAGCUAGAACUACAAGCUCACGAUGACGUCAUGACCUUGCUGAAGCACGUGACGUACGGUCGGAAGCCAUAUCCCGUGCUGGAUCCCGUUCAAGUAAGUCGACGUUGCUUGGCACAAAGAUAUCCAUAACAAAUCUUCUCCUUUUUUCUGUACGCCCUUACAGAGGGGGGGGGGGUGUGGGAUGUGGGGGGGGGGGGGGUGGGAUACAGUUGGUGGUCUGGUAUGUUUGAAGGAUAUCAAUAAUGAUCUUGUAAGUUUCGAGGAUAUCAAUAAUGAUCUUGUAAGUCUCGAGGAUAUCAAUAAUGAUCUUGUAAGUCUCAAGGAUAUCAAUAAUGAUCUUGUAAGUUUCGAGGAUAUCAAUAAUGAUCUUGUAAGUUUCGAGGAUAUCAAUAAUGAUCUUGUAAGUCUCGAGGAUAUCAAUAAUGAUCUUGUAAGUUUCGAGGAUAUCAAUAAUGAUCUUGUAAGUUUUGAGGAUAUCAAAAAUGAUCUGGUAUGUUUGAAAGUAUGCCAUAAGGAUCUGUUAUCUUUGAAGCUAUUCGGUUCUGUUCUGAUCUGUUUAACUGGAAGCAGCAUCCUAUUUUUGGAUUUGUAUUACCUUUACGUUUACUCAACAUAAAGAUUUCCAGUUGUUAUCUUACUAUAUCAUCUUUAUCAAACUGUGGUUAAACCAAAGUCAUCCUCCUCAAAAAGUGGUUAACCCAAAGUUACCCUUCUCAAACAAUGGUUAAACCAAAGCUAUCCUCGUCAAGCCAUGGUUAAACUCCAAACUUCCCAUAACAACUUUAUACCAUCGUUUCACUUACAAAAUGAUGUUUCUAUUUUUGUUUUAUUUUUUUAUGAAACAACUUAGUUCUGAUAUGUGACGUCAUUUCAAUUUUGACCUGCGUUACUGGGUCAUGAAAUAAAUUAAAUCAACUCUCUACGACGAAAGGCAAAUAAAACAGAAAGUGCAUCCUGAGUUCAGAUAAGAGCUGAUAAUUUAAUAACCAAUGAAAUUCGCAACAAAAUAAUAACUUUAACUUAUUCAAAAGAACUGAUAACAUUCAAAUCUUGACAUUUCCUGCCAUCGACAGUUUUAGUGGGGUUUUUUAAAGAAUAAAAUCAACAAUUUACUUCCCUUAUUUUUAACUCUAACUAAAAACUAGAAACAAGGAAGUAAUACGUGGUCCUCAUUGUGACCAGUUGGUUUGGUCGUGGUCCUCAUUGUGACCAGUUGGUUUGGUCGUGGUCCUCAUUGUGACCAGUUGGUUUGGUCGUAGUCCUCAUUGUGACCAGUUGGUUUGGUCGUGGUCCUCAUUGUGACCAGUUGGUUUGGUCGUAGUCCUCAUUGUGAGCAGUUGGUUUGGUCGUAGUCCUCAUUGUGAGCAGUUGGUUUGGUCGUAGUCCUCAUUGUGACCAGUUGGUUUGGUCGUAGUCCUCAUUGUGACCAGUUGGUUUGGUUGUAGUCCUCAUUGUGAGCAGUUGGUUUGGACUUAGUCCUCAUUGUGACCAGUUGGUUUGGUCGUAGUCCUCAUUGUGAGCAGUUGGUUUGGUCGUGGUCCUCGUUGUGAGCAGUUGGUUUGGUCGUAGUCCUCAUUGUGAGCAGUUGGUUUGGUCGUAGUCCUCAUUGUGAGCAGUUGGUUUGGUCGUAGUCCUCAUUGUGAGCAGUUGGUUUGGUCGUGGUCCUCAUUGUGACCAGUUGGUUUGGUCGUGGUCCUCAUUGUGACCAGUUGGUUUGGUCGUGGUCCUCAUUGUGAGCAAUUUCUCCGAGUUAUUAUUACUAAUUACAAUUGAUAUUUCAUGACAUUCAGAUAAGCAAUUGUUUGUAUUCUCAAACUUGACUAGAUUACCUUUAUCCAGAUAUGAGAGAUGAAGAUACGUUUGCAACACUUUAAAUUGAUUUUAUUAAAUUCAAUCAAUUUUUAUCAAUUUCAAUUUAUUUGAUCAAUUUCAUUGAAUUUUGUCAAUUUUAUUGAAUUUUAUCAAUUUUAAUUAUUUUUUUUUUUCAAUUUCAAUGAAUUUUAUCACUUUCAAUUAAUUUUAGCAUCAGUAUUUGACAGUGUUGGUAUUAAAAAAUUAUAAUUAAUAAUUAAAUAUUUUUGCUAUUAUGAAAACUAACUUAAUGUUUCCGUAGAAGGGGGAAAAUGCCCACAUUAGAGGGAACGUCCUCUAACUGAAAGUUUGUGAUUGGGCCUAAGCUACUACACAUACUAUUAUGUCAUCCGAAAAUAUAUUAUAUGUUAGCCCUAUAUUAAAUAGAUCCAAGGACUCGUGAUACUCGGGUGCCAGAGACGUAGCGAGGGGGGGGGGGGUGCAGGGGGGGCAGAUGUCCCCGGGCGCCAGCUAGGUGGGGGCGCUGGGGGGGGGGGGGGGGGGGGGGGGGGGGGGGGGGGGGGGGGGGGGGGGGGGCAGGGGGGACAGAUGUCCCCGGGCGCCAGCUAGUUAGGGGCGCCAAAAUGUGCUUUGAUAUUAUUUUAUUGAUGAAAAUAAUGGGUUUGAGAGUAUAAAUAAAAGAAAAAAGGGGCGCUUUAAAAUGGAUCGUGUCCCUGGGUGCGAAUCUUGUCCCCGGGCGCAAACACCCUCGCUACGCCUCUGCCGGGUGCCCAAUGCAAGUAUUGGAUUACAUAGAUGCUCAUAACGUUGAUUACAUAACUACUUAGAAUUAAUUCAACAAGGCUUCACAGUCAUAACUAUUAAUCAUAGUGUUUCUUAUUUGCCCCUCCCCCCCCCCCUUUUUUUUUAUACUGUAAAAAGAAGAAGAAAGAUUUCGGGCCAGUAAACUCAUAUUCAUUCAAGAACUGCGCUGACCCCAAUGCGGAGAUCCUUGUGCCUUCUGACAUCAAUUUGAGCCCUGACCCCAUUAAAAUACCUGGCAACAUCACCGUCUCGGGGCAACUUUUGAUUAAAUCAAUUUUUGGCUCUCCACUCAAGGUAAGUUUAAAAAAAAAAAAAUUUUCAUUUGACUCUCCUCUUAAGGCAGCGGUUCUCAAACUCUGGGUCGCGACCCCUUGAUGGGUUGAACGCCCCUUACAAUGGGAGACAAUCGGAAAACACAUAUUUAUGAAGAAGUAACGAAAAUAAUUUUAAGGUUGGGGGGUGGGGGAGGCGUGAGGGGGGGGGGUCCCCUUUGUAAUUUGUUGUGUGUAAGGAAGUUGUUAACUAUACUAUAACUAUAGCUGAAUUACGUUUGUCAUGAACUACAUAAUGAAACAAUGUAUCAUUAACGUCAUAAUGUGCAGUUAUCUCAUUUUCACCUUCAUGUGGACGCCAAAGAGGGGAAGUGACUCAUAAUUGUUUCCUUUGACCAGCAGUAUAUAAUGUAUUAACCCACGCAAUUUCACACAUAUAAAUGUUUUAACUCAAACAUAUCGUUUUAACUAUUUGGCCUUUUGGGAAAAUGUUUGAGGACCUCUCAAGUGAGGCUUUACUGUUUUUUUUUUAAAUUUUUUUGUUAUUGUUGUUUAUUUUUAACCAACAUAUAAAGGUCAGUGUUGUGAUAUGGAAAAAAAUUGUCGGCCUUUGGAUCAAGGUACCUUGCAAAAAUAACAUCGGCUCCUGCAACUAUAGCGACCUUUGUACUCUGUUGACAGACCCGCAGUGUCCUUCUCAGCUGAUCAAGAUUGGUCUCCCCUGUCAAUGCCCCUUCCCGGCAGUAAGUAAUUUAGAAUCUAAAUGUGUAUCAAUUUCUUGAAGUUCAAUCGCGCAUCGAAAAACUAGUGAGAAUAUUUUCGCAAUUUUCAUGGAACAUGCUAUGGUGCUAUUAUUUCAUAGAGUAUUCUUUGUUAAAAUUAAUUUAGUAAUGGCAUGAACAAUUAACCUAAUUGUGAAAAUAAUCAACGCUAUAAAUAGAAAAUAGUUCAUAUUUUCCAUAAUUAUUAGUAUAAAAAAUUGUUCAAUUUUGAUGUUUUGUUACAUAUUGUCAAGAAAAAUUAAUAAUAAUAAUUAUCUUUGAAUAACUGUAAAGUUAAGUUUAGAUGUGUGGAUAAUAUUUAUUAUAUUUCAGGGCAAUUUCAUCUUUGACCCAUUUGAUAUUACCAUCUCACGGUCAUUACCGGUCAAGGUCAAAGGAGGUGUCAGAAUACACAUUUCUGCAUCUUACAAAAAUUCACUAGUGACAUGUGGCGACCUUCAGUUUGAUUUGGCUUGAACACGAUCACACAUCACUACUGCAACUGGCACAAUGAUCAACAUAAUUACAAUCACAUACAUCACAAUUGUCAUAAGAUGUAAUUUUGUUUAAUCGGAGACAUCAAAGAGACGGCCUCUUCUGUAUAGAUCUAACAAUGAGAGUUUUUCUAAAUAUAUUAAAAAAUAUUAUGAUUA